GGAGAAGUCCGUCUAGAGCUAUCGAGUCUAGUCUCAGCCCAGAAGCGUGCACGAGCGAAUUACGUGAAUGAUGCUUUGGCGAUUCGAAACCAAGUUCCGCUAGCUCUAAAGGGAAAUUGAUAGAUUUCAACCUUUUACGAGGUUCCCAAGAUACUGUGAAUUCUAUUCGUGGGCCGGAUUUCAAAGCGCCAACACACUGUCUGCUAGCUGUUUCUUGCUGUCGCAAAUCUUGUGGAAUGUCUCCCCGGGGAAUUGCGUUUAUCCUCGGGGCUGGGCCUCGCAUUGGACGGAGUGUCGCCUCUAACCUUCUGGACAACGGCUACUCUGUUGCCCUGGGAAGCCGGGCACCAGACUCGUCUGCACAAGUCUCUGGAAAUGGGAGGGCAGUCACGGUUUCUGUUGAUGCAUCCAAUAUUCAAUCAGUACAAGAUGGCUUCGCCCAAGUGAAACGGGAGAUCGGAACACCAAAUGUUGUCAUAUAUAAUGUUAGCGCAUAUACUCCCGCUGAUUCAAAAGACCCUUUUGCCUCAAUAACGCCUGAAGUCCUAGAGCGUGAUAAUGCUGCCAACAUCACGGGAGCCUAUACAGCUCUUCGCGAAGCUGUGUUAGGAUUCAAGUCCCUCUCGCUAACUGAUUCCGACACUGUGGGAGAUGGUAAAACCCUGCCAAAGGUUUUCAUAGCUACGGGAAACGUGACCCCAUUCCGGCCCAUUCCCGCAUCCUUGCCGGCAGGGAUAGGGAAGAGCGCCAUUGUACAUAUGAUCCAGAUCGCAGCAAAAUCAUAUAGCGAUGAUGGUUUCAGAUUCUACUAUGCAUCCCAAGUCUCGCCAAAAGGUGGGCCGGUCCGCCAAGUAGAUGCUGGUGCACAUGGGGCGGUCUUCUGGGACUUGAUAAAUAGACAAACCCAAGGGAACUGGGAUGUGAGGUUCCUCGCUGAUGGGAGCGAAGUGAUAUCUAGCGGUUGA